GCGGAUUUAAGAGAGCCAGCAAGUCAUGUGGGGAUCAGGAUCCGAAACUCACCAUAAUCCUCCAGAGAAGAAAGGGGGUAGGUAGAGAGAGAGAAAGAGAGAGAGACAGAGAGAGAGACUUAGUUAGUGCAGCAAAACUCAGGCUCGUACACUCAGAGACUCAGCGUACUCUCAACAUACUGUAGGCUCCCUACAUUCGCAUUAUGGCCCAGGCCAAAAGUGACGCGGGUCUCGACUCUGAGAUUUCUAGUGAUACAGUCGUCCAGUCUACUGUGGGACCAAGUACAGACCUGGACAGUCGAAGCAAUGAGGAGGAAGAGGAGGAGGAAAUCGAGCUUGCGGAGGAAGUGGAUGAGUAUAUUGGCUUUGGAAGUGAGAACGGCACAACAGGGAAGCAGAUAGACGGCAGUGGAAAGUCUCCACUUGGCCAGGAAGAGGAAUCUAAGCUGGCUGUGGUCAUAGCGCAUGAAAACCCAGAAGCUGAAGAACAAGGCAACAUGGAUGAGGAAAGUACUAAUGAUGGAGAAUCUACGGAACAAAUGGAUGCCCCAAAGGAAGAGCUUGAAAAUGUAGCAGAAAAGACAAUGACGAAGACAGAUGAUGAGCCAGAACAAGCACAAGCUAACUUAAAUUUAAAUGAGCCACAGAAUGAAACUGAACCAGCACCUGCACUAUUACCAUCCCAAGAUCCCAUCCCAAAAGCACAGCCCAUUGCUGAAGAACCUUCUGCAACAAACAUGGAGGACAAGGAGCUGGAGCUUGAGCUUGACAAGCCACAAACUCAACUGGAGGAAGUUCCAACAAAAUCUCAGGAAAUCCAAGAGGAAGAGAGGAAGUCUGACAUUUUCAAUGCAAACUCAGAAGACAAAGGUAUAAUAAAGAUAGAAAAGGUGGAGGAGAAGUCAGAUAUUCAGGAACAGGCUGGAGAAGAACGUGGCACAAAGACAGAAAUGGAACAAGUGGUGGCACAGGCAUCUUCUGAGGUAGGAAUGAUGGAGAGUCAGAGCCUGGAGAUAGAAAACCAAGCUAAUUUUCUCUGUUCUAAUGAUAAGACAUUGCAGGAAACUGUGCAUUUGACUGAUGCCAUUUCCUUUGAAGUACCCCAGAAUAAAGUUGAGCAACCUACAGAACUGGAGAAGCAAUGCAUUGUCAGUACAAAUGCUACAGUUCAGGAGGUUAAAGAAGUGGUGGUAGAUGCUGUGUUAGGUGAUCAACCAGCUAAUGAGUUCCAACAGUCUGAAAAGUCUAAACAAGUUGCAAGCCAUCCUGUUUUGAGGAGUGAGAUAGGUAUUGCUGAACAGGAACAAGCACUAGAGAAGAACCAACCAGAUUUGUUCAACAGGUUAAUCACAAAGGAGCCAUUGCUAGAACACGUAGAAGAUAAAACAGCAGCGGUGGCAGUGGUAGAAACCAAUGCUGAGGUCCCAACAAAUGACUCAAAGGAGCCUAAUGUGGAAGGACUUGCUAUUAUUAGUCAGCCUGAUGAAGAAAUCCAAGCUGAGGAGAAUAAAACAGAGGUGAACGAAGUUAAAACAGAAUUAGUUAUACCAAAUGUGUCUUCAGUAGAAGCAGAAAAAGACUGCCAAACCAUUCCCAAAUCACCAGAGUCCUUUCAAAAUGAUGAUGCCUUUAAAAGUGACAGUGGACACGCCAAUAAGACCAAGCAACAGACCACUGUAGAAGAUGAGCCAAUGAACAAAGAGCUCGACGAGGUGAGAUUGGAGAAGGAAGCCACCAUUUCUUCAACGGUUCAACAGCAAACAGAAGAGGCUACAAGCAAUGAAGGCAACAAGCUUUCAAAGAUGGCUGACGAGACUGGUCUGGAAUUAGCGGAAGAGUGUGAAGAACUAAAGAUGCAAGAUGAACAGCCGAUUGAAUCAGUAGAAAAAGAUAUACCAGAAGAAAAAGAGGGAGAUAAUAAAGAAAUACCUGUUGAAAAGGAAAAAAAGAAACAUGAAGAAAAUCUCAUUCAAAUCACGGAGGAUCCGACCGCUGACCUGAGAGAGAAUACAGGUCCAGUAAAGCAGGUCAGCAAGGAGGAGGGAGGAGUGUGUAAUGCGAUAGAGAAGCCAGCAGCAAAGGGAGUGUGUAAGAAGAUAGAACAGCCAGGUGAGGUCAGCAAGGAUGAACCUGACCCCGUGCAGGAGAGAAGGAGCAACAGGCUAGUGCUGGAACAGCUGAUCAGAGUGAUUGAAAGCAAGCAGAAGGCAGCAGAAGCAGAGAUCACCAAAAAGGAACAGCCAAGUUCGAGUCCAGUCACUGAAGUGGUGCCAAAAGCAGCACAGGAAGAAGAGAGUAAGGUAGUAGAACAGUCCAAGGCCGUCACUGAGGACGAGCCAAAAGAUGAGCCAAAGAAGAGAGUGAGAGAGGGAGGGCGUAAAGUGGCGAUACCCGCCUGGUUAAUUGCCAGCGAGACAUCAGAAGUACAGGAGCCUCCGAAACCCCCUGUUAAUCGAUUGAGGAAGUUUAGCAUUGAGCGUGAAGCAGAGACAGGUUUUAAAGCCAGAAGUCCAGAGGUCAUGGUGGAAAAUGGACUUCUCGGGUCUCCAGUGAGAAAGCAAUCAGCUCAGCUGAAGAAGUCGCCCCCAGACGUGAUGCCAGAGGAAGCUGUGGAGCCUCCAAAGACGACUCCAGUGGAGAAAAAGAAGGAGAAGAUUUACAGUUCUGAUCCUGCGGACUGGGAGAUCUCCCUCUAUGUGAAGGCAGGAAGUGAUGGUGAAAGUAUUGGAAACUGUCCUUUUUCUCAGAGGCUCUUUAUGAUCCUCUGGCUAAAGGGGGUCAUCUUCAAUGUGACGACUGUGGAUCUCAAGAGAAAGCCAGCGGACCUGCAGGACCUUGCUCCAGGUACCAACCCGCCUUUUAUGACCUUCAAUGGUGAAGUGCUGGUGGACGUCAACAAGAUCGAGGAAUUUCUUGAGGAAAGGCUCGUGCCACCACGGUACCCGAAGUUAUCUGUGAAGCACCCAGAGUCAAACACUGCAGGAAUAGACGUGUUCGCCAAGUUUUCUGCCUACAUCAAGAAUCCUCGCAAAGAAGCAAAUGAUGGUUUGGAGAAGGUUCUUCUGAAAUCUUUAAAGAGAUUGGAUGAGUAUCUGCAGUCUCCUCUGCCGGAGGAGAUUGAUGAAAACAGCACUGAUGACCCUGGACCGUCCACACGAAGCUUCCUUGAUGGACAGGAUCUGACUCUGGCUGACUGCAACCUGCUUCCAAAACUCCACAUCAUUAAGAUUGUUGCAAAGAAGUACAGAGGUUUUGAGAUUCCAGCCGACAUGACAGGAGUUUGGCGGUACCUUAACUCCGCCUACCAGAGGGAGGAGUUCAUCAACACCUGCCCUGCAGAACGAGAGAUCGAGUUCGCCUACCUGGAUGUUGCCAAAAAGAUCAGAUGAAUGUGGCAAAACAUGCCAAAAAGUGUUCUUCGGAGUGAUGAUGCCACAAAAGACCAUAUUCUGCUUCCCUAAAGAACAGGUUAAUAGAUGGUUCUUUAAAGAACCACUUUUUUUUAAAUGAGAGGAGUGUGAAGAGUUUGGUCCCAAGCCAAGCGUUAUUUUUUAUUAACCUUUACUUUAAAGAGUGUGUGCAGGUUAGACUACUUUGUGAGUACAUACACUAUAUUGCCAAGAGUUUGUAGAAGCAGUCUGCAUCACUAGCUGCUGCUUUUAUACACCUGGCAUAGAAGUGUUUGGAACCUUAAUGUUAAAACCUUAAGCUUAAUGAUUUGAAUGGGUGAGCAAAUAUGUUCGGCAAUAUAGUGUAUAAAUGUCUGUGAGUGUGCAAAUGUGUGUGUCUGUGAGAGAGAGAGAGAGAGAGAGAGAGAGAUAGACAGAGAGAGAGAGAGAAAGUGUGAACGAGUGCACUGACUGGGGUAUAAUGGGGUAAUACAUUUCUAAUGGCUAGGUUUAGGUAUUUUAUAUAGACUGAGGUUAUUUGUUUCUUGAUGGUAUCCCCUCUAAACAAUCAAACACAAAAAAUAAAGAUUUGCAAAUAUACUGUGACCUCCAUAAUGUUUGAGAUGAAGGCAUUAACCCUUCAAGGCUCCUUUCUUCAUUUCUAAAUUUGCAGCUGUGUUUAAAGAGGACAUCUCUAAAAAUCCCAAAUGUUUUCUAGGAACAAUUUUAGGAUGCUUUCUCACCUGCCUUGUUUGGUCCGGACUUUCCAAGUUUUCAGUUUGGGUCCAAACCAAAGUAGCAGGUGUGAAAGAAGCCGCAAACCACGGUCCAGAUCAAAGGACCAGAGAUUUUUCCAUCCAAAAGAGGUGUUCUCAGUCCGGAUCUACUGAACCAUGGUCUGGUUCAUCUGCAGUGUGAAAACACUUUACUAGAUGGUUCAGACUUUCAGACCACUUACAGAAAGUCUCUAAAUAAACCAGAGGAGAUCUAUAAACAGAAAUAAAAGGAAUCUGAGGAGAAUAUUUUACACUUAUUCUGCUGCGGGGAGAAGGAAAAGUCAGAUUCUGACAGAGAUCUGAAAUUCAGCACAACAUCUGAAAGCAAAGCAACUGAUCGCUGAUCUCAAACUAUCAUUCUAACAAAACUAUCAUUCUACAAACCAAUUAACAUGAAGUAUAGAGAGACUCCGCCCUCAUAGCUGUCACUAAACUGAAGUGUAAACAAUCUAACAAAGACAUUAUUAAGCUUUAGUGUGAAUUCUGAUUUAGACUAUCAGGUGUGAAAAUGCUCUAAAAUGUAGCACACAGGAUGUAAUGUAAGAACUGUAGUUUUAUGGAGUCUGGCCCUGCUAAUGCUUGAUGAUUGAUUUUCUUUGAUGAUAAGUUUGACACCCUGCAAGAAAAUGUUUCAGCUUUAUACCAUUAUUAUAUAAAAUCAUGGGCAGCCCAUGCUUUUUGAGUGAGCAUUAUCCUGCUGAAUGAUACCUGUUGGAUGGCUCUGCCAUAAGAGGAAACAUGUGUGACUGCAAGAUGUCAUUUUAUCAGCUUAUUUGAUAAUAUUUUGACCACAUAAAACAACGUGUACGACACCCUAGCAAGAAAAACUUCCAUUUUUUUCUGUUAAAUAAAAAUCACAAGUCAUAUAGUAAACACCACUAAGUGCACAGUGUUCACUCAGACAAAACAGUUCAGAAAUGUCCUCGCAGCUUAAAAAUCAUAUAGCAAAUCGGCCUUAGUUUAAAUGGGACAUAAUAUACCUGUUUUUACACAAGUUAGAAUAGAUCAAUGGGCUACACAAAACAUGUUUGUGAAGUUCUUUGCAAAAAACAACUCUCACAUAAAGAGAUCUCACCAGCUCUAUUCUUGUAAGUUUCAGUCCCUUUCAGAAUGAGCUGUUUAAGGGCUCUGACACUUUUAUGCCAAUAAGCUGUUGCUGGCCAUACCCCAUGUUUACACAGAAUUCACUAUUUGAAAGUACUUACAUCUCCCUUAUUUGCUGACUUUCCACAGACAGUAGGUACAGAUCCCUCCCUCAGACAAAGUCUUCUGGCUAAUCCUGCUGUUUUCUGUCUGAGAUUCUCAACCAGCAGACAUGAAUCUGGUUGUUGGUUAAUGGGUGAAGGGUGGUGCCAGGGUGGUUCUAUGCAGUUUUCUUAUUGUGAUUUCCAAAAAGCUCAUAAAAACAUAUGGUUUCUCACAUCAAACUCUUUUAGCUGAUUCACACAAAACAUAUGGAUGGAUUUGUUGGUGUUUGGAGUGUUUAUGGAAGAAGCCGAGACCCAAGUGGAAACACAAAAACACAUAAUCCUCUUUACAUGCCUGAAAGUUUUAAAAAACAGUAAUUAAUACAGUGUGUGCCCUUGUUCCAAACAUUAUGGAGAGGACUGUAUUUGCAGUUUUUGCGAAGUUUCAUUCAUCUGAUUCUUUUUUCUCUAACGCACUGACUAAUGUGUGACUCUAAAUUUGAUUUCUGUAUAAAAGUAUAAAUCUCAUCAAUCAGUAACUUUAGCAAUGUGAUGUUUGUCUCUGUUUUGUUAGGGUUGUUGUGUUAUGUGCUUUAGCGUUUUCCAGUAUAUUGGAGAAUAUUAUUAGAACGUAUGACACACUGUAGUCAUGUCCGUUUUCUACUUAUAUUUGAUACGUGAAAAAUGUCUUUUACAUAAAUGCAAUUAACUCUUUUUUCAUCUUCUUUAUUAGUCUUUUAUAUAAAGGUGAAAGCUCUCCUGUUUAUUAGUUGUUUCUAAGAACUGAUUCUUCCUUCUUGUGUUUUGUCACAUAAAUUUCAGAGAAAAACAAAACAACUGUUUCAUUUUUUUCUUUUUGAUUGUUUGCAAUAAAAAUGCUUUUAGCAUCUACAACUCUGCAAUGUUUACAAUGGUCUGAAAAAGAGACUUUAGUAAAAGUGACUGAAAACUUUUCAGAUAAAUAAAAAAACUGUAUUUAUUAUAUUUAUAGACUACUGAAACUACAGAAAUUAUUAAUUAAUCAAAAACGUGUCUCAAUUAAGCUACAUUUUGGACACUUAUUUAAUGAUUUUCUUUUUUUUCGUACAUCAUAAAUUAAUACUGAAGUGAUCCAGACUGUGAAGAAACACAUAAGGAAUCAUGAAGUAACUUAAAAAAUGUUAAACAAACUAAAAUACUCUGUGAAGAAGCUUUUAGAUGCUGUUAACUUGCAGUUUCUGAGGCUGGUAACUCUGAUUAACUUAUCCUGUACAACAGGGGAAACUCUUGGUCUUCCUUUCCUGUUGUAGUCCUGAUGAGAGCCAGUUUCAUCAUAAUGUUUAUCAUAAACGGUCUUUGAGACUGCAUUCGAGGAUACUUUUAAAGUUCUUGAAAUGUUUCAGAUUGACUGACCUUCAUUUCUUUUAGUCAUUUUAUUUUCUUUAUUUAGUUGAGUAGUUUUUACUUCUAAAAUAUUCACUAUUCACUGUAUAGCUGUAACUCUACCUCUUCACUACUUUACUUUAACUGAUGCUCUCAAACA